UCACGUGCGCUGCCUGGUGUUUACAGCUUGGUGCCUGCUGCUUGCUGCGGUAUCUGGCAGUCGCGUCUCCUACCAGUUUCAGGGGCUUACAUCGGGGUGAAGGUGAAGGACCGCGGUCCAGCACGGCUGCAGAAGAAGGAAGAGCGAAGAAGGAAGGAAGCACCAUGUGGCGGACCGAGUCCCUGCUGAUGGUGCUCGUGGUGCUAGCAGGAGCGGCUGGAGGUGGUCUACGCAUAGCUGCCGUGUUCGACGAGGCGGACCCGCCGCAUCUGCGGUGGGCGUACCUCGCGGCCGUGGAGGCCGUGAACCUGCAGACGGCCGGCUACCGGGUUCGCGCCAGCGGCUCCACCAGGCCCGUCCUGGCGCCGCUCAACGUCACCGUGCCGCGACACGACGGCUUCAGGACCGCCAGGAUCGUGUGCAGGCUGAUGGAGCAGGGCGUGGCGGGCAUCAUCGGCCCGUCGCAGAGCGCCUCCACAGACAUCGUCCGCUCCAUCUGCGACCGGCUGCACGUCCCCCAGUUGGUGCUCAACUGGGACCCCAGUCGGCCAACCGCGGCCUCCUACCAACUCAACCUGCACCCUGAGUCUCAUCUGCUGUCGCAGGCGCUGGUGGACGUGCUGCGCGAGCUGAAGUGGCGCUCCUACACGGUGCUGUACCAGGGCGACGAGUCGCUGGUGCGCCUGCGCGGCGUGCUGCAGGAGAGGGAGCCACGGGACCCGCCCAUUGCCGUCCGGCAGCUGAGCCCAGACGGCGACUACAGGUCUUUGUUGAAGGAGAUUCGGCAAGCGGGAGAGACUCGUCUGGUGUUGGAUGUGGACGUGGAGCUGAUCCCAGAGGUGCUGUGGCAGGCCAAUGAAGUCAACCUCAUGGGCCUCUACCAAUCUUUCUUCAUCACCUCACUGGACGCCCUGACUCUGGACCUGUCGCACUUACGCGGCAGCGGCGCCGGCGCCAACUUCACGCUGCUCAGGAUGGUCCAGCGGGAGCAACUGCUACACGACUCUCCAGCAGAGCUGCGCUCCAGCCGCAUGACGGGAGAGGCGCUGAUGCAGGACGCGGUGGACGUGUUGUCCGAGGCUCUGUUCCACCGGGACGCUCAGCGACCCCUGCGGGCUGACAGCCUCAAGUGCGACGGCCCACCCUGGAAGGGCGGCCAAGGCGUUCGCCAGGCCCUGCACGACAUACAGCACGAGGGAAUCUCCGGAAGCAUCGCAUUCGACGACCUGGGCCGACGCGUGGGCUUCUCGCUGGAAGUGCUGCAGCUGUCUGCUGCUGGAUUCCGGCGCGUCGGCACCUGGACGCCGGCCCAGGGCUUCUCCAGCACCAGGACCAACAAAGAGGACAUGGAGGACACCCGGAGCAUCCUGCAGGGGCGGCACCUCAUCGUCUCGUCCAGGAUUGGCGCGCCGUACCUGAUGAUGAAGAAACCUACGACGCCCCCGCGGGUUGGCAACGACCGCUACGAGGGCUACUCGAUGGACCUGAUCACGAAAAUCGCCGAGCAGCUCCACUUCACGUUCGAGUUCCAGCUCGCCAAAGAUGGCGAGUACGGCAGCCUUAACGAAAAGACCGGCGCCUGGGAUGGACUCGUCGGCGACCUCCUCGCGGGGAGGGCAGAGCUGGCUAUAUGUGACCUUACGAUUACAGAGCUAAGACAGUCAGUUGUGGACUUCACCAUGCCUUUUAUGAAUCUGGGUAUCAGCAUCCUGUACAAGAAGGCUGAGAAGAUGGAACGCAGUCUUUUCUCAUUCAUGGACCCUUUCACCGUUGACGUAUGGAUCUACGUGGCAACAGCCUUCCUCGGCGUCUCCCUCAUUUUCUACAUAGUGGCAAGGGCGGCGCCAAUGGAAUGGCAGAAGGCAAAUCCUCGCGAUCCCAACUGCAACGAGCUGGAGAACCAGUUCAGCAUGUCCAACAUCCUGUGGUUCACCGGCAGCGCCCUUCUGGGAGGAGGCGGUGAGGAGAUGCCCAAGGCCGUAUCGACGCGGAUUAUGGCGGGCAUGUGGGCCUUCUUUAAGCUGAUCAUGCUCGCCUCCUACACGGCCAACCUGGCGGCGUUCCUCACCAGCAGCAGGAUGGAGUCUUCCAUCAACAGCGUCAACGACCUGGCCAAGCAGAGCAAGAUCAAGUACGGCCUCUACGGUUCCGGUUCCACUGCUGGCUUCUUCAAGAACUCGAACGACAGCCUGUACCAGCGGAUGUGGACCAUCAUGAAGCAAGCGCGGCCGAACGUGUUCACCAAGGGCAACGCCGAGGGCGUGGAGCGCGUCAGGAAGGAGAAGGGCAAGUACGCCUUCUUCAUGGAGUCCACCAGCAUCGAGUACCAGACGGCGCUCGACUGCAACCUGCGCAAAGUCGGCGGGCUGCUCGACUCCAAAGGCUACGGCAUCGCGCUGCCCAGAGACUCACCCUACCGGACAGCCAUCAGCGGGGCAGUGCUGACGCUGCAGGAGCGAGGCAACCUGACCGCCCUCAAGGAGCUCUGGUGGAAGGCGCCCGAGGGCAAAGAGUGUCCCGCUGAGGAGGAGGGGCCUUCCAGCAGCAAUGCCGAGCUGGGCAUCCUCGACGUGGGGGGCGUCUUCCUUGUGCUGGGCUGCGGCAUGAUCCUCGCCAUCAUCAUCAACGUCCUGGAGUUCCUCUGGAAUUGCCGGACUAUCGCCGUUGAGGAACAGAUCUCGCACUGGGACGCGUUCGUGUCUGAGCUGAAACUGGUGUCUCGCCUCUGCAGCGACGUCAAGCCUGUCCGCAAGAGCCACCUGCCACAGCCGGAAGGGCCGCAGCCGCCGGACGUGUGCGGGUAGCCGCCGCGCCUACCUCGGUGGUGUGCGACCAGAUGAACGCAGUGUUAGUGCAAGUGCUCACAAUCAGUCAAGUCUGUGGCUACUGGCAUUGGAUCCGAAGCGCUUUUCAUAAAAACGACUCUCGCUGUAAGCACAUAAUAGGUUUCUGCAGUCUACUGGUUUACGCACCUACCUCCACAUUUAUACCCCGGAAGCCAACUUACUGUGUAUGGAGGUGCGUACUUCUAGUGUAAUCAGCUGUUGUCCUCCCUCUUCCAUUCGCCGAUGGCGUAUGCGAAGAAUGACUGUAGGUAAACCUCCGUAUUAGCUCUAAUUUUUCGGAUUUUUUUCACUGCGGUCAUUUCUCGAGAUAUUUGUCGUCGGGGGUGUUAUAUCAAGCACAUGAAGGGCUUAUUUUAGUAGUGGUACAAGUCCAUUUUUGUUCAUUCUGAGAUACAGAGUCCUAAAGUUAAAAGAGCGCUGUAAAAUCUGCAGUUGAGAUACCAGAAAUAUUCAAGUACUGGGUGAUCAAAAAGUCCAUAUAAAUUUGAAAACUGAAUACAUCACGGAAUAAUGUAGAUAGAGAGGUACAAACUGACAAACAUGCUUGGAAUGACGUGGGGUUUUAUUAGAACCGAAAAAAUACAAAAGUUAAAAAAAUCUCUGACAGAUGGCGCUUCAUCUGAUGAGAAUAGCAAUAAUUAGCAUAACAAAGUAAGACAAAGCAAAAGAUGAUGUUCUUUACAGGAAAUGCUCAAUAUGUCCACCAUCAUUCCUCAACAAUGGCUGUAGUCGACGAAUAAUGUUGUGAACAGCACUGUAAAGUAUGUCCGGAGUUAU